UCCUGGAGCAAUCUCACAGGGUGGCUUUACUUUUCGUUUGUGCUCAAAUAACUUUGCUUCCUCCUCUGCAGCUGCCAGACCAGUUCCUGCUGCUGCUCAGGGAGAGUGCCUGGGAAGUACCUUGCUGACCACUGAGAACAUCAUGAGCUCAAGCUAUUGGAGUGAGAUGAGCAGCAGCAGCUGUGGAACUCCACAGCCCCCAGAGAUGCUACAGUGCCAGCCCCAGCAUUACCACUGCUACCAUCAGUCCAGCCAAACCCACCACCCACCAGAAAAAAAUGUAGUGUACGAGAGAGUGAGGACCUACAGUGGGCCCAUGAACAAGAUGGUUCAGGCCUUGGACCCCAUCACCUCACAGGAAGUGCUCUCUCCUCUCAAAAGUGCCUCCUCCUACCAAAGUUUGGUUUGGAGCAACCAUUCUCAGGAACUCCAUUCUCCAACUCUGAAAAUAUCUACUUGUCCCCCAAGCAGUGUACAUAUAACCCCAAAUACUGAACAGGAACUCCAUUCUCCAACAGUGAAAGUCACUGCAUAUCCACAGACUACUAUUAGGAGAUACAUAGUACAAAAUCCUGAACAGGAACCACUUUCUCCAUUCCUAAGAGGAGGCCAUUUCUUCCCAGGAAACAAUGUUAUUUAUGAAAAAACAAUAAGAAAAGUAGAGAAGCUAAAUACGGAUCAGGAAUGCUAUCCACAGGUCCAGUGCCAUCAUCACAUUGUCCAACAGCCCCAGAUCAUCCACUCUCCACACUGUCAACAGUCCCAUUCUAGCCAACAAAUCCAAACCAUCACAGGAAGUGAAUCAAUUUCUACAAACACUGGAAAUGAACUGUGCCAUGGGGGAUCAAGCCCUAUACAUGAUCAGGUGAUAAUUCAAGAUGAUGGCCCUGCAAAGUUGGACCCCAAAUAUUUUGGAGAGUUACUUGCGGAUUUAAGCCGUAAAAAUACAGAUCUAUAUUAUUGCUUAUUAGAACAUUUGCAGAGAAUUGGAGGAAGCAAAGAGGACUUUGAGUCUACAGAUGAGUCAGAAGACAUUGAAUCCUUGAUUCCGAAAGGAUUGUCAGAGUUUACAAAACAGCAAAUUCGCUAUAUUCUGCAGAUGAGGGGUAUGUCUGAUAAAUCACUCCGGCUAGUGCUGUCCACAUUCAGCAACUUACGGGAGGAGCUUGGACAUCUUCAAAAUGACUUGACAUCACUGGAAAAUGACAAGAUAAGCCUUGAGAAAGAUGUGGCAUUCAAAGAAAAUCAAAUAAAAGAGUAUGAAGAACUCUUGGCAUCAGUGAGAGCAAAUAAUCGCCAGCAGCAGCAAGGACUUCAAGACUCAACCUCAAAAUGCCAAGUAUUGGAAGAAAACAAUCUCUCUCUUCGACAUACACUCUCAGACAUGGAAUAUAGACUCAAAGAACUGGAAUACUGCAAGCGUAAUUUAGAACAAGAGAAUAAAAAUCUUAGAAUACAGGUUUCUGAGACUUGCACAGGCCCGAUGCUGCAGACAAAAAUGGAUGAGAUUGGCAACCAUUACAAGGAGAUGGUAAAAAACUUAAGAAUGGAGAAAGAUAGAGAGAUCUGCAAGCUAAGGACUCAAUUAAAUCAGUACCAAAAAGAUGUUUCAAGAAGAGAAGGAAGUUGCAGCGACUUCCAGUUCAAGCUUCAUGAACUGACAAGCUUGCUGGAAGAGAAGGAUUCCCUUAUAAAGCGUCAGUCAGAGGAACUCUCAAAGUUGAGAAAAGAAAUGUAUUCAUCUCAUAACCAACACUCCAGUGGUGGAAGGACUACUAUUACCACUAAAAAGUACAGGACACAAUAUCCAAUCCUAGGCCUCCUUUAUGAUGACUAUGAAUACAUACCACCAGGUAGUGACACACAGACUAUUGUGAUUGAGAAAACAGAAGACAAAUGGACUUGUGUAAGUUCCCUUGUGUAUUUCUAAUCCUAUUAAGAAUAGAAAUUUAUAUAUAUUCUAUAUAUAACAGCCUUCAAAAAUUGUGGUAAAAUAUCAAAGUGAACUAAAA